GGGUUGAGAACUGAGGGACUCCAGUCAGUGCAAGAUGGAGCCGCCGCCCGUGGCGGGACUGCAGCUCCCAGCAUGCCUAGCAGCCGGGCCGGGAGCCGGGACUCGGAGUGAUGGGGCCGCCGUGGCGCUUUAGGCCGCGCGUUCUGUGGUAGAGGUUGAGGUGGAGCUUGCGGCCUGGGAAUUCGACUCUGGCAGAAAAGAUGGAAGCGUGGCGCUGUGUGAGGAGGGGCUACGGCCGCUGUAUGGCGGGGAGAGGCCGAUACUCUGUGUUUCCCCAUCACCCGAGGAGUCUGGGCAGAGAUUGGACUACACCGUGGGAGAACCUACAAAGAUCUUGCUGGAACAGACAUAUUUCUAGCUGUAUGAGGUGGCCUGGACAUUAUUCUCGUGCCCCGUACCCCUACUUCAGCAGUAGGCAUUUCUCCCUGCAUUGGCGGCCACGCUAUUUGUCCGUGUCCCGGACUCAGUUUCAGUACUGUAGCUGGAGACCCGACCGCCUCAGCCAGACAUCUCUGAUUCAUCUCUCUAGUUACGUCAUGAGCUCUGAGGGAGAUGAGCCUUCAUCCAAGCGAAGAAAACACCAAGGGAUGAUAACACGGAAUUGGGAAUAUGUAUGUAACUACAAUAAAGAAAACAUGAAGAUCCCAGGAGGCAAAGAGGGUGACUCCCAGUGUGAGGACAGUGAGAACCAGUUUGACUUUUCAGUGAUGUCCUAUAAUAUACUUUCACAAGAUUUACUGGAAGAUAACUCACACCUUUAUAGACACUGCCGGCGGCCAGUAUUACAUUGGAGCUUCAGGUUUCCCAAUAUUCUGAAAGAAAUUAAACACUUUGAUGCAGAUGUACUUUGUUUGCAAGAAGUUCAAGAAGAUCAUUAUGGAACAGAGAUCAGGCCAAGUUUGGAAUCACUGGGUUAUCACUGUGAAUUUAAGAUGAGGACAGGAAAAAAACCUGAUGGUUGUGCCAUUUGCUUCAAACAUUCCAAGUUUUCACUCUUAUCCGUGAACCCAGUGGAGUUCUACCGCCCUGGUAUUCCUCUGUUGGACAGAGACAAUGUCGGAUUAGUUUUACUGUUGCAGCCCAAAAUUCCAUGUGGUGCCUCCCCUGCCAUCUGUGUAGCUAACACACAUCUGUUGUACAAUCCAAGGCGAGGAGACAUUAAGCUGACCCAGUUGGCCAUGCUGCUUGCAGAGAUCUUCAGCGUGGCCCAUCAGAAAGAUGGCAGCUGCUAUCCCAUUGUUAUGUGUGGCGACUUUAAUUCUGUUCCUGGCUCCCCACUCUACAGUUUCAUAAGGGAAGGAAAGUUGGAUUAUGAAGGACUUGCCAUCGGCAAGGUAUCUGGCCAGGAACAGUCUUCACGGGGACAAAGAAUUUUAUCUAUCCCAAUUUGGCCCCCAAACCUAGGUAUCUCACAGAACUGUGUGUAUGAGGUGCAGCAGGUACCAAAAGUAGAAAAGACAGACAGUGAUGUGACUGAGACGCAGCAAGAACAAACAGAAGCCCUGGUGACAACUGAAAAGUUAUCUUCAAGCUUACAACACCAUUUCAGCUUGUCCUCUGUUUAUUCACACUACUUUCCUGACACUGGAAUUCCAGAAGUGACCACCUGUCAUUCCCGAAGUGCCAGAACUGUGGAUUAUAUUUUCUAUUCCGCAGAAAAGGAAGCUGUCACUGAACACCAAGGCACUGAAGUGAGUCUGGUUGGUGGCUUGAAACUUCUUGCCAGAUUGUCACUUCUUACAGAACGAGACUUAUGGACUGUGAACGGACUUCCCAAUGAGAACAACCCUUCCGACCACCUGCCUCUGGUGGCCAAGUUCAGGCUCCAGCUCUGACUCUGACCACACGCUUCCAGUUCCUAGUCCUUUUCCAAAAAAUGUCAAGUUUUUCUUAAGUGAUUGCAUGUUCAUUUUUGUGCUGUGGUGUUUUUAAAGAAGUUAUACUAAAUGCUUGAAACACAUAAGGAGAAAUGAGUUUACAAAAAAUGAUUUUUUUAAUAAUGAAAAAUAUUUUCCUGAAAGUUGAGGUAUGUUCUUCAUUGUAAAAAAAAAAAAAAAAAAAAAAAAAAAGAUGUGAAUAUUUUUUAUUUCGUAUGCAGUAAAGUUGACAGUGAUUUUUAAAUGCAGUGCAUCUUCUUUAGCCCUCUUGGUGAAGAACUUUCAUGUGGUUGGCUACGUGUAUAGCUAAUGUCUGAGAUCUUGCAAAGGCCUGCUUUUGUUGGGGGGCCCUGUGCCUGUUGAGUUGUGAUAGUUCACCUGAGAACUCCCUGAAAGGACUAAUUGAUGGUGCUUUUUAAGUUGUACACAGUGCGUGAUUUCCUACUGCCAGGAGCCAUGUAUCAUGUGUAUAUUUUGUUGGGGUAUAUUUGGGAGUUAGAGAUCAACACAUCUGAUAAGAGGUUACUUACGUAAGCCAACCCUUCUCUGUAACAGACAGGUGGGCCAAAGAGAGGCAGAGAUUUUAGGGGUUAAGCAUAUUUCGUUAAAUUUUUCUUUAGUUUUUUUUUUUCCUAUUCAGCUUCAAGAAGAGACCCCUGGGUUGCAGGAGAUUUUACUAAACCCAUUAUUGUGUUAAGAAAUUUGUCUUUGGAACAUAGUAGCAGCUCUAAGGCUACUUUUAUUAGCCAUCAGAAAAGUGAGAAAACCUGUAAAAGUGGGAGAUAGCAACUUGAAGAGUAUUGUUUUCGAAAUAGUCAUUUUAACUGUUGGCCUCAGUAGUUUUAUUUCAAAGGUGGGUAGUCUUCUUUCACUGUGAUGCCCGAGGCAUGAGGUGUU